AAAAAAAAAAAAAAAAAAAAAAAUGAUUGCUAGAAGCAGUUUAAAAACGCUGUGCAGCCGAACAAAAUUUGGUCAAUUAUCUAAACGGUUCUAUUCACAUAAUGAUAACAAAAACCAGAAACAAGUGAAAGCAGAAAAAAAGACUCGUGCGCCCGAUAUACCUUCAUUUAUGCCAGUUGUAAAUAUUCCAGUUGCGGAAUUAGCUCACAAUGCCUUUUACUCAUUGCAUCGACCUUUACUUGGACUCUCCAUACCACAACCUUUCUUAGUAGGCGACAUUGUAGGACAAAUAAAAGAAGAAAACGAAAGUUAUUCGGAAGAGGCAAUUUUACAAUACAUGAUGAGUCUUAAACCAUUUCAACCUCCCACACUGGAACCACCUACAAAUCAAAGCACAUCGACACUCACAGUGGAAGUAGAUCCAUCUUAUUUCAUGAAUCACAAUAAUAAUCAUGAUGAAAUCGCAGAUUAUCUAACCGCUAUGCAAGAAAAAUUGGAUUUUCUAUAUGAUGAAAAAUCAAAAAGGAAAUGCAUGUCACCAUCCACAAAGAAAAAGACGACAAAACGAUUAAGAAAACGCAAAGGUUUUUUUGAGAAAAAUUAAGCGUGUAUUUUGGCUUAUUUGUAAUAUAUUUUAUUCCCUCUAAUAAAAAAAAAAAAAAAAAACGUAUGAUUUUUGACAUUUAAA